AUGUCUGGUGUAACACAAGAUAAGUGUCUGACUAGAGGAUGCUGUUUUGAUGUGAUAACCUCAGUCUGCUAUUAUCCAAUGGAUGAAUGCACUGCUGAUAAAAACUUUGUGUUUGUGGUUCACAAUGAUUUUGCAAACAUCCCUGUGAACCCUAUGAACUUAAUGGUUGCUGGAAAGACUGGUUGCAAGCCUGUUAUCUCCAACAAAGACUUUGCAAUUUUUAAAUUUUCUGUCACUGAGUGUGGGACACAUUCAUUUGCCAUAGGUCAGACAAUGAUUUACCUAGCUGAGGUACAGACUAUCAUCAAAGUUCGCAACCUAAAGUAUGGCAUGAUCUCCAGAGACAACCCUAUCAGUGCAGGAUACAUGGUUAUGAGCCCCAGUCUACCUUCACACAUGUUGUCUGAAGGAUUGUUUGGAGUUCAGCUUUUGAUUUCUGAGGAUGAGACUUUCACCAAGUUUUAUCCACAAUCCCAUCAGCCCCUAAAUGUUCUUUUGGGUAAGCCUGUGUAUUUGGAAUUGCGUUUGAAAUCUCCAAAACCUGCAGCUACUCUUCAAGUUCACUAUUGUGUGGCAUAUCCACACUCUGCUAGGAGUGCCCUGGUCCUGCUGUUUGAGGGAUGCCCUAAUCCUCUUGAUCCUGGCAAUACCUCCAUACUUCAUGUGAAUGACCUUCCUCAGAAUCUGAACCAGCGUCGUUUUAAAAUUGAAGCCUUUCAGUUCAUGGAUUUGUCCAGCAACAAAUAUCAAAAUGAAGAGAUUUACUUCAUGUGUUCUACUGAAGUGUGCAUGCCCUCUGAGUUGCCCUGUGUGGAGACCUGCUUUGAUGGAAAGCUAAUACAAUUUAUCUAUUUUCUUCAAGUUACAAUAAUUAGGACCCACGUCAACCACUAGCAACUGGAUUUUUUUUUUU